UGAUUGUAUCAGAUUGUAUUAAAAUUUAUUCAGUGCAAUCUACCAACUUUAAUGCUAAUUACAAGUAAUAAUUAUAAAUAACCUUAUAGCCUUGCCAAAUUAUCUGUACCUACGUAACCCUGUUAAUGUAGAUCUAGAAUAUAGUGCUCUAAUUAUCUCAUCAUAAUGGAAUUUUUUGAGAAGAUUUAUGCUACAAUUAAAACACAAGUUUUCAGUCUACCUGUUACAGUUCCUAAAACUGUGGAAUAUAUUAAUAAAUCUGUUAACAAAAUAAGGAUACCACCAUUCACUAAGGACAAUGUUUUAUUUUAUUAUUUGCCUUUACAAGGCCUCGUCAGUUACACAACAUUAUCAGUUAGUGUGAUGAAUCCGCACUUGAUGGUCAGAUUAUUUCCUCGUCGUGACCUGACAGAUGUUUUAUUCCUAUCAGCGGGCAGUGGAGCUGGACUCUGGCUUUGGGGACGACCACACAUUGCCACUGCUGCACCGGCAAGACGGUUUUCUUGGGCAUUUCUUGGUGGUUGUCUCUGGCCUUUAGGUUCUAUAUUCUUAUGGGCAAUCUUACGGAGCUCUGUGGGUCAGAGACCAGUCAUUGGUACAGUACUCGGUAUUGCCACAGGAGCAACAUUAACUAAUAUAGCAUUAGAUUAUUUUAAUUAUGUAGAACUUAUGUUCUGCGGUGAAGUAAGACUUCCUGAAGAAACAUAUAGCCCUAACAGUGAUGAUGAAAAAUAUGAUAUUGACAUAUAAAAUAUUUUUAGCAUGCUUGUUUGUUGUUAAUUACUUAAAUGGGACUUGAGCAUUUUCCAAAAUUAAGUGCACAUGUUAUUUUUUAACUAUUUAUUCACAUUAUAUAAGUUGGUGUUUAAAUCCU